AUGGACAUCAGAGCACGAAUCCCGAGCUGUACGCUCAACGACCCUCCUCGUACCCGUCAGUCAGUGAGCAGGCGACGGCCUAUCAAUCCUCGGCUGAACCCAAUUCAUGGCCAGCGCAUUUCCACCGGCGAGUACCCGACGCUGUGCCGCAGGAUCGAUCGCUGCGUCCGUUGGCAGCCCCAUCAAGUGAGGUCCCGGUGGAGGCCCCUGUAUUCACUGGACUUUCUCAACAAAGGCCGCUGCCAACCGACUUCCCUGGCCCCCUUCCCGGUAUCAGUCUACCGCCGAUCGAUCCAUCCAUGGCUCCAACGUGGCAGCACCAUCAUUAUUACCCCCCUAAUAACCCUCCCUCAUAUCCUCAGACCCAAGAACGGUACAUUUGUCCGACAUGCAACAAACCCUUCUCAAGGCCGAGUUCUCUCAAAAUUCAUACGUAUUCACAUACAGGUGAAAAGCCCUACAAAUGCAAGCAUGAAGGAUGUGGAAAGUACUUCAGCGUGA